CCUUCCCGUCUCCCCCCUCCCCGAUCCAGCCGGGAAUUUCGGGAUCCGCGAGGACCGGGCGGAGGAACCAUGAGCGUGAGGCCUCCGCAGGCUGCGCUGGACAGACCAGCCAGUAAAAAGCACCCUCACCUGCCCAGCCCCAUUGCAGCCUGGUUGAGCAGCCUGUCUUCUCUGGGAGAUUCAGCUCCAGAACGCAGGUCUCCCGGCCAUCACCGCCAGCCGUCCGACUCCACCGAAACAACAGGCUUGGUCCAGCGCUGUGUCAUUAUCCAGAAGGACGAGCAUGGCUUCGGCUUCACGGUCAGCGGGGACCGGAUUGUCCUGGUGCAGAGUGUGCGGCCAGGAGGAGCAGCCAUGAGGGCGGGUGUGCAGGAAGGGGACCGCAUUGUCAAGGUGAACGGCACAAUGGUAACCAACAGCUCGCACCUCGAAGUGGUGAAGCUUAUCAAAUCCGGCGCCUACGUCGCACUGACCCUCCUAGGCUCCCCCCCCUCCUCAGUGGGACUCUCCAACUCCCAGCAAGACGCCAGCUCGUCAGGGGCUCCCCGGGUCAUGCCCACACACCCCCCGCCGCCUCCCCCGCCACCACCGUUACCUCCGCCCCAGCGCAUCACUGGACCCAAGCCACUGCAGGAUCCAGAGGUCCAGAAGCACGCAGCCCAGAUCCUCCGAAACAUGCUGCGACAGGAGGAGGCUGAGUUACAGCGCUUCUGCGAGGUGUACAGCCGGCGCCCAGCCACCGGGCUGGAGGGUCAGAUCGAGGGCGCCCGCCGCCGGGUCAGCCAGCUGCAGCUCAAGAUCCUCCAGGAAACUGGCAGCUUGGUGGGCGGGAACGAUGUGACGACCCAGUGCGUCCUCUCGCUGCAGGACUGUGUACGGUUGAGCAGCGACCCGGGCUCCGCGGGGCUCCAGGUCACAGAAGGCCGCCUCUCCCUGGACUCUCAGGAUGGCGACAGCGGCUUGGACUCUGGCACGGAGCGGUUCCCCUCGGUGAGCGAGAUCUCCCUGAACCGCAACUCAGUCCUGUCCGACCCCGGCCUCGACAGCCCGCGAACGUCUCCCAUCAUCACCUCCAAGAUGUUCCAGCAUCACCGCCGGCAGGGCUCAGAUACGCCCUUCGCACCCUCCACAGAGCAGGGCUCAGACCGGACACUGCGGCCUCUCAUCAUUGGCCCCGAGGAGGAUUAUGACCCAGGCUAUUUCAACAACGAGUGUGACAGCCUCUUCCAGGACCUGGGGAAGCUGAAAUCCCGGCCGGCUCACUUGGGGGUCUUCCUGCGGUACAUCUUCUCCCAGGCGGAUCCCAGCCCCCUGCUCUUCUACUUGUGCGCCGACGUCUGCCAGAAGAUGAACCCCAAGGAGUCCCGCACGCUGGGCAAGGAUAUCUGGAACAUCUUCUUGGAGAAGAACGCGGCACUGAGGGUGAAGGUGGCUGAUUCGCUGUUGCUGGAAAUAGAGUCUCGCCUGCGAAACGGGGAGGACGUCCGGAGCGCCCUGUCCGAAGCCCAGGACACGGUGAUGCCUGAGAUCCAAGAGCAGAUCCAGGACUACAGGACGAAGCGCACCAUGGGGCUGGGGAGCCUGUAUGGUGAGAACGACCUGAUGGACCUGGAUGGGGACCCCCAGAGGGAGCGGCAGGUGGCAGAGAAACAGAUCACCCAGCUGGGUGACAUCCUGUCGAAGUACGAGGAUGAUAGGAGCUCCCCCAUGGCCUUUGCCCUCCGCACCUACGUGACCCACGCAGGCAUCCGUGGGUCAGAACCUCGUCCUGCCAGCACCAGCGAGAAGUCCCAGGCCCUCCCAGACAAGGACAAGUGGCUGCCUUUCUUCCCCAAGACAAAGAAGCAGAGCAGUGGCACGAAGAAGGACAAGGACACGAUGGAGGACAAGAAGCGUAACCCCAUCCUCAAGUACAUUGGGAAGCCCAAGAGCUCCUCCCAGAGCACAUUUCAUGUCCCCUUGUCCCCUGUUGAAGUCAAACCCGGCAAUGUGAGGAACAUCAUCCAGCACUUUGAGAACAACCAGCAUUACGAGUCGCAGGAGCCUGGUACGCAGCGCCUCUCCACUGGCAGCUUCCCCGAGGACCUGCUGGAAACCGACAGCUCUAGGUUGGAAGUGAAGCUGGGCCGCUCGGAGAGCCUGAAGGGCCGGGAGGAGAUGAAGAAAUCACGCAAGGCCGAGAAUGUGCCGCGCUCCCGGAGCGACGUGGACAUGGACGCGGCGGCAGAGGCAACACGGCUACAUCAGUCAGCCUCAUCUUCCGCCUCUAGCCUGUCGACGAGAUCACUGGAAAACCCCACGCCUCCCUACACGCCCAAGAUGGGGCGCAGGAGUAUCGAGUCUCCCAACCUGGGCUUUGGCACGGACUCCUUCCUGCCCCACCUCCUCGAGGAUGAUCUGGGCCAGCUCUCGGACUUGGAGCCGGAGCCGGACACGCAGAACUGGCAGCAUACGAUGGGGCGGGAGGUCACGGCCUACCUAACGCAGAAAGAGAUCGACCGGCAGGAGGUGAUCAAUGAGCUCUUUGCCACAGAGGCAUCUCAUCUGCGCAUCCUCCGGGUCCUGGAUGUCCUCUUCUACCAGCGGCUGAAGAAGGAGAGCCUGCUGUCACGGGAGGAGCUGGCACUGCUCUUCCCCAACCUCCCAGACCUCAUCGAAAUCCACAAUUCACUCUGUGAGUCCAUGAAGAAGCUGCGGGAAGAAGGACCAAUCAUCAAAGAGAUCGGGGACCUCAUGCUGUCCCGGUUCGAUGGGCCAGCACGCGAGGAAAUCCAGCAGGUCGCAGCCGACUUCUGCGCCUACCAGUCCAUCGCCCUGGAGCUGAUCAAAACCAAGCAACGCAAGGAGACCCGCUUCCAGAUCUUCAUGCAGGAAGCCGAGAGCAACCCGCAGUGCCGCCGGCUGCAGCUCAAGGACCUGAUCAUCUCUGAGAUGCAGCGUCUGACCAAGUACCCACUGCUGUUGGAGAACGUCCUCAAGCACACGGAGGGCAGGACCCCAGAGCAUGAGAAGCUGAGCCGUGCCCGGGACCAGUGCCGGGAGAUCUUGCGGCACGUGAACGAGGCGGUGAAGCGGGCAGAGAACCGGCAUCGGCUGGAGGCCUACCAGAAGCGUCUUGAUGCCACCUCGCUGGAACGAACCAGCAACCCGCUGGCAGCCGAGUUCAAGAACCUGGACCUCACGUCCCGCCGCAUGAUCCAUGAGGGGCCCCUGAGCUGGCGCGUCAGCAAGGACAAGACCGUGGAUCUGCAUGUGCUGCUGCUCGAAGACCUCUUGGUGCUUUUGCAGAAGCAGGACGAGAAGCUGGUGCUGAAGUGUCACAGCAAGACGGCACUGGGCUCCGCCGACACCAAGCAAACCUUCAGCCCCGUCCUCAAGCUCAAUUCGGUGCUCAUCCGCUCCGUGGCCACAGAUAAGCGAGCCCUCUUCAUCAUCUGCACCUCGGAGCUGGGACCCCAGAUCUAUGAGCUGGUGGCGCUGACGUCCUCGGAGAAGAACGCGUGGAUGGAGCUGCUGGAGGAGGCCGUGCAGAGUGCCAUGAGGAAUGCCACCUUCCCCCCGAAGCCCCGGGCGCAGGAGCCCACGCACAGGCCAGCCCCAUCCAGCCUGGUGCUGCAGGACACCGAGGGCUCCCCGCUGCUGGCACAAAGCAGCAGCUCUGGAGCGGAGAUGGAAGAGGUCUCUUCAGUGGACAACAACCCCGGCGACUUCCUGGGCAAGGAGAAGCCCCCACUGCAGCAGGAGGAGCCCGAGGCAGAGCGCAGUGAGGGCAUGGCAGGCAAGGAAGAGGAGGAGGAAGAAGAGGAACUGCCUGCAGCUCCUGUGCCUGCCCUGCCCCCCGCGGAGCCGGACGACGUUCACCCGCAGCGGCCAGAGCCAGAUAUGCACCUCGCCCUGCUGGAGCCGGCACUUGGGAAGGGGCUGGCCGAAUCAGCCCUGGCAGAUGUGGAGAACCUGCGGCACCUUCUGCUGCGCAGCCUCCUGCCCUGCCGGGACCUGGAGCCUGAGGAUGACCUGACGCCCACGCCCUCGGUCAUCGGGGGCACCGUCCAGCCCUGGGAUGCAGCACUGCCCUGCCAGGACCCUCCGGUGGAGCCCACGGGGCAGGAGGGCAAGAUUCGCCCAGCAAGCGGUGGGACAGGACCUGAGCCCGGAGACUGGGUGGACGCAGGGGCCACGGAGGGAACAUCCCCAGCAGGACUGCAGGAGGCAGAGAUGUCCCCGAGUGCUGAGGGGCAGAGCGGGCUCAAGGUGGUGCGCAAAGCUGAGGUGGAGGGCACUAACCCAGCCAUGCUCCUGCCAGGCGGCAACCAAUCAGAAACUGCAUUGCAGGAAGGAGGCAGAGCUAAUGUAGAUGGCAACUACUUCUACGUCAGCAUGCCGGCUGAGUCCUCCACGGAGCCCGAGCACCCCACGCCGCCCACCAGCCCCUCAGCACCCCCCUGCACCCACUCCCCAGCCUCCAGGAGGAAGGAGAUGGGGCCCUGUCCCGGCAGCCUGGAGGGGCCCCUGGAGCCGCCCGCACCCGGCCUGGCUAUCCGGGACGUGGACCUGAUCUUCCAGGUCAUCGAGCAGCUCAUACUGAAGCUGGGGCAGCUGAAGGAUGUGGAGGCGGCCCACCAGGAGCUGCUGCAGUCGCUGGGGCAGGGUUCAUCGGCCGACGCCACACCCGUGGGGGCUGCCGCGCCGGAGGCGGACGCAUGGCCAGAGUGUCCCCCCAGCCCUGUAGGCAGCAGCCCCCCUGCCCGGAGGAGCCCACCGGCCAGCGAGCCAGGCUGCGAGGACCCCCGGUGAGACCCCCUUGAGCUGGACGCUCGGGAGCUGGAGCUGCCCCCAUCCCCCAGGGGCCAUGCAGCGGCAGGGGGAGCCAGAGCGGGGAGUUCAGAGAACUGGAACCGGGGGUCGGGGCGCCUCCCUGCCCCCCCUCUCCCCCGCAUGCUGCCCACUGCCUCCCUCCCAGACUGUCUGUGCCCCCCUCUGCCGCAUCUUGGGACUGCGGCCACUGCCGGGGCAGGCUGG